AUGACAUGUCGUGGGCACCACCUUUCGCUGCUUCACGACAUUCAACCAAGCCGUCCUGAUCGCUCUCCGGCUGCCGUCAAUGCCGUCCAUACCCCCGACCCGGGAUCACAGAUCCAGAUACCCAACCGGGAGCACCGAGACAGUUCAAGCGCAUCCAAUUCACCGGUGACCACAGCAGCGUGCCUCCGACGAACUCACAAGACUCCAACAACGUACCAUUGUCGGAGGGUAGCCUUGACGCUCAGGAGCCAGUACCAUCCAGAAACAAUUACUUUCGAGGCACUAGAAGUUCCUGAGGUCUGUGCGGUUACCAAUCACUCCUUGGACGCAACACUCUUGAAUGAGAUGCACGACCUGGGUCUGGACAUCGCCGAUGCAUCGUCUCCCGCAGACCCCGUCGAUGCGGUCAUCAUCAUUCUGAUUGGGUCGGACGUUUACUGGACGAUGGGAGACCGGUACCAGGUACCACUCCUCAUCAAGCCCUCUUGCUGUGGAGUCUUAGCUGAUAAUCGCAGCAUCGCGCAGACGAGACUACUCUCGCAGCUUCGGCGUCUUCGAGACCAUCCGGAUCUCCUAAAGCAGUACCACGACACGAUUUCCGAAUAUUUCCUCGAAGGCCACGCAGAGAAGGCCCCGGAGGUACCUCAGGAGAACCUCUACUAUCUUCCUCACCAUGCUGUAAUCCGGAAGGAAGCAGUGACAAAGGUUCGCGUGGUAUUCGACGCUUCGUCACACGUCAGCGGUGCCCCAUCGUUAAACCAAGUACUGCAGAAGGGGCCCAACAUCAACGCAGACUUACUGCUUCAGUUGGUGUCCUUCCGUUGUUAUCCUAUCAUUCUCACCGCGGAUAUCCGGAAAGCGUACCUGCAGAUCUUAAUUCGUCCCGAAGACCGUGACGCAUUGCGUUUUCUGUGGCCAGAAGACCUUCCAUGUCCAGAAAACCCAUGCCCCCAGAUCCAGGAAUGGAGAAUGACGCGUGUCCCCUUUGGAGCCGCAUCUAGUCCGUUUCUCCUAGCCGCCACACUCCGUCACCACUUCGAUAGUGUACAACAUAAGUACCCAGCGGCUACAGAGCGCCUUCGACACGCUUUCUACGUGGACGACCUCAUCGUAGGAGCCACAUCAGAAGAAGACGCGCUUCAGAUUUAUCGUGAGGCAGUCACGAUGCUGCAAGAAGCUGGCAUGGACCUCCGCAAGUGGUGUUCCAACUCGCCGACCCUCAGCCGUCAAUUCUGCCAAGACGGCAUCGCGUACGAUACAGUGAGCAGUCAGGAGACGGUGAAGGUCCUCGGGUUGCACUGGCAUCGUCCCACCGACGAAGUUACUUUCACUAUGAAUGGCAUCUCGUCCUAUCUCGCCAACCAGCCCAUCACAAAGCGCACCAUUCUUCACGGCGUGGCACGGAUAUUCGAUCCACUCGGAUAUCUCUCACCGUUCACAAUACGAGCCCGCUUAGUCUUCCAGUCGUUAUGGGCACGCGAUCAAGGAUGGGAUGAUGCAUUGCAAGCCCCGCACCUCAUGCAGUGGGCGGACUGGUGUUCCGAGCUACCGCUCUUAAACUCAAUACGUCUGCCGCGCCUUCUGCCUUCGUCGUCGACUUCAUCGGACGGCAACGACGAGAUCCACGUGUUCGCUGACGCCAGCCCCCGCGCGUAUGGAGCUGCAAUCUAUCUACGCACGUUCGAUCCACAGGAACAGUGGACCGCAUCCCGUCUCCUUGCCAAGGCACGUGUAGCACCAGUCAAGAGUGUCUCUCUUCCGCGCCUGGAACCCCUCGCGUGCCUCAUCGCUGCGCGGCUGGCUGCGCAUGCACGAAAGAUGCCACUACUCUCUCCGCUGCGUACGGAGUUCUGGACAGACUCCACCGUCGCACUCCACUGGAUCACAAGCGCGCAGUCCCGGACACCCGUAUUCGUUCAAAACCGUGUGAACGAAAUUCGCCGGUUGACAACAGACUCCGCAUGGCACCAUUGUAAGAGCCGGGACAACCCAGCAGAUCUUCUAACUCGCGGGAUUUCUGCUCAUCGCCUACAGAACGAGUCUCUCUGGUGGCAUGGAGCUCCAUGGUUGUCUCAGCCCCGCGAUAACUGGCAUUCCGAGUGGUCCGAUCAUCCUCCGUCGCCACCACCGAGCACUGAGGACGCUCCUCUACCAUCAAUGUGCAACGCUGCGUCAGCAGCACGUCCUCCGCCUGUGUUCAGCUUAGAUCGUUACGGCACUCUCAGCCAAAUGCUUCGAGUCACUGCAUGGGUUGCCAGGUUCAUCAAGAACGCCCAUCCCAGAAAAUCACACAACCGCGGCCCGUUAACUGCAUCCGAGAUCGCCGAAGCGGAGCUAUACUGGAUUCGGCAAGUCCAAGAGGAAGUCUUUCACGAAACCCUCGCACUUCUUCGUCGUGCCGAUCCACUGCCCCGCUCCUCACGACUCGCGGCACUGCGGCCUUUCUUGGACAGCGACCAGAUCCUGCGUGUCGGGGGUCGACUAGCUAAGCUUCUUGACUCAGACAGCUUGAAACAUCCUAUCAUCUUACCAAACACGCACCUGUUCACGCAUCACACCGUGAUGCACACACGUGUACGCUUGUGCCACGCAGGGGUCCAGACGACGCUACUUGACCUGCGCAGUCGCUUUUGGAUCCUGAAGGGGCGUCAGUCAGUGAAGGGUGUCGUCGCUAGGUGCCUCGUAUGCCGCCGCAUGAAGCUUCGACCAGAGCACGCUCCAUUCGCUCCACUUCCGCGUGACCGUAUAACCGAGUCCGGACCAUUCCAUGUCAUCGGCGUGGAUUUCUGUGGCCCUAUUUAUGUCAAGCAGGGUCCGACUGUCACGAAGACUUACGUCGCACUUUUUACGUGCGCCGUCACACGAGCCGUCCACCUGGAACUUGUUAGCGACAUGACCACUUCCUCGUUCCUGCUCGUCUUUCGGCGCUUCAUCGCGCGACGCGGCGUUCCAUCCGUAGUCUAUUCGGACAACGCCCGGACCUUCCAAAGAUGCGCCGGUAUCCUCGCUCUCCUGCCCGCCGAGGAUGUGCAAAACUUUGCCGCCAACCUUCGCAUCACCUGGAAGUUCAAUGUUCCCUACGCACCUUGGUGGGGCGGGUGGUGGGAGCGGAUGAUUCAGACCAUGAAAAGCGCACUGAAGGUCUCACUUGGACGAACGCGUCAGACCUUUGAAGGUCUCACCACGUUGCUCCACGAAAUUGAAGCGGUGAUAAACAGUAGGCCGCUAACCGGUGUGAGUUCUGAUCCCAACGAAGCGCCACCAAUUACGCCCUCGCACUUCUUAACCGGCGGCAGAUCAAUCCAGCUCCCGGCAUCCCCAGAAGAGGAGCAGGUUGGGACAACGACGCUGCACAGGCUCAGGGAAGAGCAGCGGCAAGCUCUCGCGAUGUUUUGGCGGCGGUGGAAGAGAGAGUACCUCCUCCAGCUGCGCUCCGCCCACGAAAGUUCCCGCGGUGACCCAACGACGUUGAAGGCGGGUGAUGUAGUCAUCGUGGGAGAUGACUCAACACCACAGCUCCUCUGGAAAACUGCAAUCGUAACCGCCAGCCACCCAGGUCGAGACGGCGUCGCAAGAGCAUUCACGCUAAGACUGCCGAACAAACGACAUAUCGUGCGCCCUGCGCAGCGGCUCUACCUACUCGAAGCUAGCGUGGAUCCUGGCCCCGGGGAGGAUGUUAAAGAUUGA